GGCGGGGGCGGGGCCCUUCGAGCAACAGCUCCUCAGGCCACGCCCACUUACGUUGACGCAAUCAACGCCCACCUCAGGCCGACUGGGCGGGACCGGAUGCCUCACGCGCUUCUCCCACAUUCCCGGGGACUCUUCGCGGCGGGGGCGUGGCUACAGGUCGGGAGGCGGGACUUCCUGUCUGACUGGGAAUAACGCGGUCCAGUCCGGAAGUUAGCUGGCAGUCAGGCUCUUCGUGGGCCUCGAGGUUUGAGGGUUGAGUGUCUGGUGGCGUCAGGGCCCUGGUCGCUCCUUAUUUUCCGUCUGGCGAUGGCGACCUACACCUGCAACACCUGCCAGGCGCUGCUGGACAACGCGGAGGCGCAGCGGGCCCACUACAAGACGGACUGGCACCGCUACAACCUGAGGCGCAAAGUGGCCGGCAUGGCCCCGGUGAGCGCCGAGGGCUUCCAGGAGCGGGUGCGGGCGCAGCGGGCCCUGGCGGAGCCAGAGAGCAAGGGCGCGGCCACCUACUGCGCCGCCUGCAGUAAGAAGUUUGCCUCCUUCAAGGCCUACGAGAACCAUCUGAGGUCCCGGCGGCACGCGGAGCUGGAGAAGCAGGCGGUGCGCCGGAAGGUGGCGAUCAUGAACGAGAAGAACCUGGAGAAGGGGCUGGGCGUGGGCGGCGUGGACAAGGAUGCGGUGAACGCGGCCAUCCAGCAGGUCGUCAGGGCCCAGCCGUCCACGUCUCCCAGGAGGGCGGCCCCAGCGCCCGAGGCGGAGUCCCGGAGCCCCGCGACCGGGGCCGCCGGAGGACGUGGGCCUCGGCCGCGAGAGCCGGGCGACAGACCUCCCCGGCUGCAGUGGUUUGAGCAGCAGGCGAAGAAGUUGGAGAAACAGCAGGGCGAGGAGGAGAGUGAGGAGGACCUGGAUGAAGACGACUGGGAGGAUAUUGAUUCUGAUGAGGAAUUGGAAUGUGAGGAUGCUGAAGCCAUGGACGACGAGGAGGAGGAGCAGGAGGAUGCGGAGGAGGAAGAGGCUGGAGGAAGCACCCCUCUUGGUGCCAUCCCUAUAACGGACUGCUUAUUUUGUCCCCAUCAUUCAAGCUCCCUCACGAAGAAUGUGGCUCAUAUGACUAAAGUCCACAGCUUCUUUAUUCCUGAUGUAGAGUAUCUUUCAGAUCUUAAGGGACUAAUUAAAUAUUUGGGAGAGAAAGUUGGUGUUGGGAAGAUUUGCUUGUGGUGCAAUGAGAGAGGGAAGUCCUUCUACUCCACCGAAGCUGUUCAGGCUCACAUGAAUGACAGGAGCCACUGUAAGCUCUUCACAGAUGGGGAUGCUCUUUUGGAAUUUGCAGACUUCUAUGACUUCAGGAGUAGCUACCCAGAUCACAAGGAAGGCGAGGACCCUGAUGAGACUGAGGAGUUACCCUCAGAAAAGACCUUGGAAUAUGAUGAUGAAACCAUGGAGCUGAUUCUCCCUUCUGGUGCCAGGGUGGGUCAUCGCUCCUUGAUGAGAUACUACAAGCAGCGGUUUGGCUUGUCAAGAGCAGUGGCAGUUGCUAAGAAUCAGAAGGCUGUGGGCCGGGUCCUCCAGCAGUACAGAGCCCUGGGAUGGACUGGCAGCACAGGAGCAGCUCUCGUGCGCCAGCGGGACAUGCAGUACGUCCAAAGGAUGAAGUCAAAAUGGAUGCUGAAGAUGGGGGUGAAGAACAAUGCCACCAGGCAGAUGCACUUCAGGCCCCAAGUGCUGUUCUGAGUCGGCCAGGGGUUAAGUCACCAUCUGUCUCCUGCACAAGCGGCCUCCUUUCCUGAGGACCCCGGAAGUCAGACUGGACAACAGACCCUUUUGCUGCUACUUCUCCCUGUACAUCUCUCCUGACCUGAUAAUAAAUGUCAG